CCUUCAUUCUUAGUAAUCAUAUCACAUGAUUCAUUCAGUGUACAAAAAUUCAGCGCGCGAGCAGUCGUGUUAACCUUGACUUUGUACAUACAAAUGUGUUUGUUUACAUGUUUUUAAUAUAGUUAUGUGUUGAUUGGUAUUUGCAGAAUACUUAUAAAAGAUGCUAUUCAUCAUUUGGACUGUGGCGCUCAUCGCAGCCUUGACACUAUACUUUCGCCAGAAGUACUCAAAAUUUAGCAAGUAUGGGGUUAAGCACUUCAGGCCUGUCCCGUUCCUUGGUAAUAUGGCCAGGAUCAUCUUCCGAAUGGAUCACUUCACCAAGGACUUUGAGAGGCUCUACAAUGAAUUCCCUAAUGAAAGAUUUAUAGGAAAAUAUGAGUUUGUGAAACCUUCGCUGUUGAUCAAAGACUUGGAGCUGGUGAAGAAAAUUACGGUGAAGGACUUUGAGUACUUCCUCGACCACAGAAGUUUCUUCGACGAGAACACCGACCCGUUCUUCUUCAGAAAUCUUGUGGCUUUGAAAGGUCAAGAAUGGAAAGACAUGAGGUCCACAUUGAGCCCAGCGUUCACCAGCUCCAAGAUACGGCUGAUGCUCCCGUUCAUGACAGAGGUUGGAGACCAGAUGGUGAUGACUCUCAAGAAUAAAAUUCAGGAGAAUGGAGUGAGCUACGUGGACAUUGAAGGCAAGGACCUGACUACCCGCUACGCCAAUGACGUCAUCGCCUCCUGCGCAUUCGGCCUCAAGGUCAACUCUCAUGUGGAACAAGACAACGAGUUCUAUAGAAUGGGCAAAGAGGCCACCACCUUCACCUUCCGGCAGAUUCUGAAGCUGAUAGGAUUCGUAUUCUUACCUAAAGUUAUGGCGCUGUUGAAAGUGUCAUUGUUUUCUGAAAGAAUAAAGAAGUUCUUCUACAGCAUUGUCAUGAACACAAUGCGUGACAGAGAAGAGAGGAACAUUGUUAGACCCGACAUGAUCCAUUUGCUAAUGGAAGCUAAGAAAGGACAAUUGGUACACGAUGACCAGCCGAUGGGAGACAGUCAUGCUGGUUUUGCAACAGUAGAAGAAUCGUCUGUCGGAAAAAAACAAAUCAGCAGAGUUUGGUCCGACAGCGAUUUGAUCGCUCAAGCCAUUCUGUUCUUCAUGGCCGGCUUCGAAACCAUUGCCUCGGCCAUGUCUUUCGGCCUGAACGAGCUGACUCUCAACCCUGAAGUCCAGGAGAAGCUGGUGCAGGAGAUCAGGGAGAAUGAGAUCAAGAACGGUGGCAAGUUUGACUACAACUCUAUACAGAAGAUGACAUACAUGGAUAUGGUUGUUUCUGAAAUUCUUCGUCUGUGGCCGCCAGCAAUAGCUCUAGACAGAGUGUGCCUCAACGAUUACAAUUUGGGAAAGGCUAAUGAUAAAGCUGAAUAUGAUUACAUUAUCCGAAAAGGUGAAAUCCUGGCUAUCCCCGUGUGGAGUUUCCACCGGGAUCCGCAGUACUUCUCGGACCCCCUGAAAUUCGACCCUGAAAGGUUCUCUGAGGAAAACAAACACAAGAUCAACCCGCUGACCUACAUGCCUUUUGGAGUGGGACCCAGGAAUUGUAUAGGUUCAAGGUUCGCUCUGUGCGAGGUGAAGGUGAUGCUGUACCAGCUGCUGCAGCACUUCGAGCUGUCUCCGUGUGAGAAGACCAGCAUUCCAGUUGUACUGUCUAUGGAGUCCGUCAACAUGGCUAUAAAGGGGGGGCAGUGGAUGCGAUUGAAGAUUAGAAAGUGAAAUUUCACUUUGGUGUUAAAUUUUUUUAUGAACUAGAUAAGUUUUAAGACGUUAGAUACUUAUGUCAAUUAUUUUUUUCUAAUGUUAUGAAAUAACUGAAGCAUUUAUUAAUUCAUUUAUUAUAUGUAUAGAUAAUAAUUAUGUUGACAAAAUUUGAUUAGAAUAGAAUAGAUUUAUUUUCAAAAUUGGAUACAAGGUAUCACAUAUUGACGUCACAUCACUUAAAUCUAAUUAUAACUACUACCGCUUCCAAAGCGCAUGUGUAGACGAAGUGGCGGAACAAACUACACGGAUUAUUACAAAUUCUAAACUAUACUAAUAAUAAAUCUACCUAAUUAAAAAAGUGAAAUUCCUGAACUACAAUUAUGUUGAUAUUUUAGUUAAUAUCGUUGGUAAACUUAAAUUUUUCGGAUAAUAACAAUAUUUUUUCUCAAAAUUUUGGUGCCGUUUCAUUUUAGUUUCUGAUUUAUUUUUUUGCAACGGUGCCUAACACUGUUUGGAUCUUACAUAGAUUCAGUUUGCUGAAUGUGCAAAUUUCUUUACGAUACAAGCUUAAAUAUUUAAAAUUUAAAGCUACUCGUAAUUUGAUUAAAAAUGAUGGUGCAAUAAAACCUAUUAUUAUAAUGUCAAUUUAUAUCUUAUCACUGUAAUAAGCGUUCAUCUUUGGAUACGACUUAUCAAAAACCUACUCAAAAACAGACAAUUUUUACUGUAAAUAGAAUGUGAUGACAUUGAUAUGAUUCCAUUUAUAUAUAGUUACUCAUGUUGUUUUUGUUUCAAAAAGAAUAGGACCACUCCAUCUCUUUUCCAUGGAUGUCGUAAUAGGCGACUAAGGUAUAGGCUUACAAACUUGAGAUUGUGGGCGCGCGUACAUGAGGAAUCCUAGGCCAACGAUCAAAGCACAGUCAUUCAUUCAUUCAAUUUAGUUUUUAAUUUUUAUUCAGACCAUCGCUUCAAAGAGGAAACUCAAGUACAUAAGUCUAUCCCUUAGUCGCCUUUUACAACAUACAUUGGACAAAGAUAGAGUGGUCCUAUUCCUAUUUCUAAUGGUGUUGAAAUUGUGAGGUUUUAUUAAAAAAUCAUUUAUAUUUUUUAAAUAUUUAUUUAUGAACCAAAACUUAUGACAGGAUAUUAAUCAAUUAUUUAAAUUAAUUCAAAUAUUUCAUUAUAUACAUUUUAGAACAUGACUAUGAAUUAUUAUACUCUCUACAGAUUUAGUUAUCUUCGGAACUUCCAUGAUGUUGUAUUUACAAAGUUCAUUAAAGUUUUUAAUAUUUUUAUUGAAAUCAUAGGAUAGUUAUAUACAGAUUAUUACUAUUUAUAUACA